UCUUUUUUUUUUUUUUUUUUUUUCUUCUUCGCAAUGGCCGGAACUGUCCAACUUACUUGUAAUGCAUUAUCUUGUAAUUUGUCAACCUCUUUUAACAUCAGAAGUAGCACCUCCAGGCGUCUCGGCUUCUGCAGAGCGAAAAUCAGAGCUGAAUCCCAAGCCGUAGGCGUAGAUCAGGCAGAGGAACCGCCUUCCGUGGCUUUUGCUUUUGUUAGUUCUGUGUUGCUUCCGGAUGGAACGCCUGACGUACAUUUUCGAAAAGCAUGCGGUGGCCAGAAGCUUAGGAACAUAAUGUUGGACUCUAAUAUUGAUUUGUAUGGACCAUACGCUAGACCUCUGCUGAACUGCGCCGGAGGUGGAACCUGUGGGACGUGUAUGGUGGAGAUUAUUCAAGGGGAGGAGCUUCUAAGCCCUCGCACCGACAAAGAGAAGGAAAAACUAACUAAGAAGAAACGAAAAAAUUGGAGACUUGCUUGUCAAACUACAGUGGGUAAACCAGAUUCUAGAGGGCUGGUUGUGGUCCAACAGCUGCCUGAAUGGAAAGGGCAUGAAUGGGAUUAUGAAAAAAUAUCGCCUUCAGAGUUUCAGUCAGAGUUGGAGUUAGAGUUUGGGUCAGAGUCAUCGUAACACCAUUUUAUUUUUUUAUUUUAUAUUAAUUAUUAAUGUUAAUUUUGAGAUAUAUGAAAUCAUUAGGAGAUGAUAUAAAAACACUGCCUUCAAAGAGCUUUCUAACA